CAGGUGUAAGGCUCUCUACGGAUGGUUCUGACUAGUCUCUGACUCUCCUCUUUGGGAGGAGCCUGACACAUUGACCAGCUCCCCAGAUGUUCCUCUUUCUGACCAAUCAAUGGAUGUGAAAGACUGAAGGAAGCUUCCAGGCAACAGAGUCUGGCUGAGGCUACUUAAGGUAGAAACCUGAAAGUCUUUUGGAGGAACUUGGACCCCAACCAUCCGAACAGGUAUCUGGAAGAAAGGUAUCUAUCUACUCUCCGAGGACCCCCCUCUGGGAUAGAGAAUGUGCCACUGAGACUCUUCCAGACAUCUCCUUUCUUGGGUGUCCUGGCUGUGCUGUGAUGGAACUCCACUGUAGUAAGUUCUCAGAGGACCCUGAAUUGGGACUGAUUCCAAGAUGGCACCAAAAGCAAAGAAGGAAGCUCCUGGCCCUCCCCAAGCCAAAGCCAAAGCAAAGGCCUUGAAAGCCAAGAAGGCAAAGCUGAAAGGCACCCACAGCCACAAAAAGAAGAUCUGCACAUCACCCACCUCUCGGCAGCCCAAGACACUGUGGCUCCAGAUGCAGCCCAAAUAUCCUCGAAAGAGCGCGCCCAGCAGAAACAAGCUUGACCACUAUGCCAUCAUCAGAUUCCCCCGACCACUGAGUCAGUCCUGGAGAAGAUGGAGACAACCACAACACACUGUGUUCACUGUGGAUGUCAAGGCCAACAAGCACCAGAUCAAACAGGCUGUGAAGAAACUCUAUGACAUUGAUGUGGCCAAAGUCAACACCCUCAUAAGGCCUAAUGGAGAGAAGGCAUAUGUUUAAUUGGCUCCUUAUGAUGCUCUGGAUGUUGCCAACAAAAUUGGUAUCAGCUAAACUGAGUCCAGCUGGCUAAUUCUAAAUAUACUUUUUCACCAU